AUGGCGAAUAAACGCGUCCCGUUGUGGUUGUUGCUAAGGGCGGCUCGGUGUGUUUGUCGCUAUCCACGGCACACUCUGAUACCUGUAACCGUACGCCACGUUUACGCUUCACAAUCCAUCUUCCCACUGGUUCCGGCUUCUUCCCGACUCUUCUUCAGCACUAACACUUCAGGUCAGGGCAGUCUGUGCAUCCGAACUCACACCUGUGGAGAACUCGGCUCCGGUCACGUGGGACAGGAAGUGACGUUGUGUGGCUGGGUUCAGUAUCUGAGACAGAACCUGUUUGUGAUCUUGAGGGACUUCAGUGGUUUGGUUCAAGUUCUUAUCCCACAGGAUGAGUCUGAGCGGGAACUGAAGGACGCGUUCAGCGGCUUGUCGGUCGAGUCAGUCAUCAAGGUGAAAGGAAGGGUCAGGCUUCGUCCGGACGGCCAGAGGAACAUGAACAUGUCCACUGGAGAAAUUGAAGUGCGUGCUGAGAGCCUGGAAGUGCUGAACACCUGCCGCAAACUGCCUUUCGAGAUUAAAGACUUUGUCAAGAAAUCCGAAGCCCUCCGGAUGCAGUAUCGCUAUCUCGAUCUUCGCUCGUCGCAGAUGCAGUACAAUCUGAGACUGCGAUCACGACUCGUGAUGAAAAUGAGAGAGUACCUCUGCAACGUCCAUGGAUUUGUGGACGUCGAGACGCCAACGCUGUUUAAAAGGACCCCUGGGGGUGCCAAAGAGUUUGUGGUGCCAUCUGGAGAACCCGGAAUGUUCUACUCUCUCCCACAGAGUCCACAGCAGUUCAAGCAGCUACUGAUGGUGGCAGGUCUGGAUAGGUACUUUCAGCUGGCACGGUGCUACAGAGACGAAGGCUCCAAACCUGACCGGCAGCCUGAAUUCACACAGCUGGACGUCGAGAUGUCGUUUGUGGAUGCGGCUGGAAUCAUGGCUCUGAUUGAGGGCUUGCUGCAGUACUCCUGGCCAGAAGACAAAGGGACCAUCAGCACCCCGUUCCCCUGCUCGACAUACGAGGAAGCCAUGAAAGAUUACGGCGUGGAUAAACCCGACACUAGAUUCGGAAUGAAGCUUGUGGAUGUCAGCGAGAUGUUCCAGCGCACACAGAUCGAGUUCAUCAGAGACGCCAUCGUCCGACCGGGCGGCUGUGUCCAGGCCAUCUGCGUUCCAGACGGAGCUAAACACUUGAAGGGCAAGGACAUGGAGUUCUUGAAACAAACAGCCAAGACUCAGUUCAACCAGGAGGUGGACUGCAUGCUGGUUAGGGCAGAGGGAUCCAUCAAAUCUCCUCUCGGUCGCUUGAUAGCGGACACGACAAGGCUGCAGCUGCUGCUGAAGACGAGCGCCAAAGCCGGAGACCUGCUCCUCAUCGCCGCCGGAGCCCAGGAGCGGGUGCGCCCACUUCUGGGGAAACUGAGACUGCAGUGUGCUGAGCUGUUGGAGGCUCGCGGCGUGCCCGUACGUGACCCUUCAGUCUUUCACUUCCUGUGGGUAGUGGACUUUCCCCUCUUCUUACCUAAAGAGGAUGAACCGGAGCGACUGGAAUCUGCACACCACCCCUUCACCGCACCCCUGCCCGAGGAUGCCCACCUGCUCUACUCCCAGCCCCAUAAGGUGCGCGGCCAACACUACGACUUGGUGCUGAAUGGCUGCGAGAUCGGUGGCGGCUCCAUCCGCGUUCACAACGCCGCUCAACAGCUCUACGUCCUGGAGAACAUCCUCAAAGUAAAGUAUCUGCAGUUUAACAAACGAGGACCCGUCUGUCCUCUCUCACCUUUUGGAAGCGUUGGACUCCGGGGCCCCUCCACACGGCGGGAUUGCAUUAGGUUUGGACCGGCUGGUGUCCAUCAUCGUGGGGGCUUCCAGCAUCAGGGAUGUCAUCGCCUUCCCUAAGUCCUUCAGAGGUCAUGACCUCAUGAGCCACGCCCCCGACUUGGUUCCAGAAGAGGAGCUGAGGUCAUACCACAUCUCUGUGCUCUGGCCUAGUGUUAAAAACGGACAAGACAACAAACCAUGACUCUUCCGUUGUAUAUCGUCUUCCUGAUUCUCCUCGCACCUCGACUCUAUUUGCCAAGCGAGGUAAGAGCAGGGAGCCGACUCUAUUUCACGCCGAAGCAGAGAUACACAGGGCUGUCUCGGAGCUAUGUGAAUCAAACCACUUUUGUUCUGUUAACCACUCUUCAGAUUACUGUAAUAUCUGUACUCGUGUGAACAUUAAAGACAUUUGUUCUUUUCCUUCA